GCAACGGCCAAAACUUGUUGUCUCUAUAACUUCUUCUAUGCCAUUUGAUCUCUACGUACGUCAAUUGUGAUAGCAGCAAGUUUAAGAGAUUAUGGCACAAGUGAGGAACAAGCAAGUGCUUCUGAAGAACUAUGUCAUUGGUUUCCCAAAGGAAAGUGACAUGGAGAUUGUGGAAGGUAGCAUAACAUUGAAGGUUCCAGAAGGUUCUAGUGAUGUUGUGUUGCUCAAGAAUCUCUACUUAUCAUGUGAUCCGUACAUGCGGCUCCUCAUGUACAAGGAUACUCCUGUGUCGUUGGGAUUUCACUAUUCUCCUGGCUCACCAUUGACGGCAUUCGGUGUAAGUAAAGUGGUUGAAUCUGGAGAUCCAAACUAUAAGAAAGAUGAUUUAGUGUGGGGGGUUACUAAAUGGGAGGAAUACAGUUUGGUCCCUUCAGCUCAAAUACUAUUCAAGAUUGACCACACUGAUGUUCCACUUUCUUACUAUACUGGAAUUUUGGGUAUGCCGGGAAUAACAGCUUAUGGUGGUUUCUUUGAAUUAGGGUGUCCUAAGAAAGGAGAGAAAGUUUUUGUUUCAGCUGCCUCUGGUGCAGUUGGCCAACUUGUUGGCCAAUUUGCUAAGUUGACUGGAUGCUAUGUUGUUGGAAGUGCUGGAAGUCAAGAAAAGGUGGAUAUAUUGAAGAAUAAAUUAGGAUUUGACGAAGCCUUUAACUACAAAGAAGAAUCAAAUCUCGAUGCUGCUUUAAAAAGAUACUUCCCCGAAGGCAUUGACAUAUACUUUGAAAACGUGGGGGGUAAGACACUUGAUGCUGUGCUAUUGAACAUGAGAUCUCAUGGUCGCAUACCGGUAUGUGGAAUGAUUUCACAGUAUAAUCUCAGUCAAGCAGAAGGUGUAACGAAUAUGGCAUAUCUCAUAUAUAAGGAGAUUAAGAUGCAAGGUUUUAUUGUAUCUCAAUUCUAUCCCCUUUAUCCUAAAUUCUUGGAGUUUAUUCUGCCUCAUAUUAGAGAAGGGAAGAUUGCAUAUGUGGAAGACAUAGUUGAAGGUCUUGAGAGUGGCCCUGCAGCCUUAGUUGGCCUUUUCAGUGGUCAAAAUUUCGGUAAAAAAGUUCUCGCCAUUGCCCCUCAAUAAUUUCAGAUAUCUUUAGAAGAGAAAAAUUGUUGUUACCAAAAACUAGAAAGGGAUUCUUUUGAAUACGGUUCAACCUGUUUGGAUAGGGUACUUAUAAAAAUCUUUCUAGAUAGUAAAGAAAGUAAGAGUUGAACUCACAACUUUUUUUAUGUAAUGAUUUAUAAUAAGUGAACAACUACUAAACUAGUUAGUUAAUUUAGUAACUUAGAGCAUUAGUUUUUUUA